GUCAUAGGCCAAAUCAAAUCUUCAACCUCAAUCGACCAAUCCGGAGCCUCGCUUACCGCCCGAAAGCUUCAACUUCAGUUCCCGUCCACAUCACCCCGACACUCUCUCCCCUCCACCUCUCCAACCCCCAACGUUCGAGUCACAAUGCCUGCCGCUAUCCCCCCAAUCACCGGCAUGCUCCGCCGGGGUCUUGUCCUGGACCUGAGCGUCGCUUUCGGCUUCGGUACUACCUUCGGCUACCUCUGGUGGUACGGCUUCCACCUUCCCCGCGUCCGUGAGCGUGAUACCUUCUACGCUCGCCUCGAGGCUGAGCGCGCCGCUGGCCGCGUCUAAAUUGGUCAACGAUGAUCAUCACCUCUGAACCAAUUUGGUUCGUUUCGUUUCGCCCGUCGGCAUCUCCUGUUGUCAAUCUCGAUUUCUAAAAGACAUUCAAAUUCCAAUAUACAACCCGUUCCAAGGCAGACUAGAUCCGCGGCUCUUUCGAUUCGUCUCCUGUAAUCUUCCAUCGGGUUGAAGGUGUCGACUGUGUUCGAGGGAGGUGACGUUUUGGAUCGAUUGUAUAUAUACGCCGUGAUCAAUUUGUUUCGUUUGAUUUGUCCCAGUGGUUUGGACAUGCUGCCAGUAUAUGGUGUUGCAUGGGCAAUAUCACAUGUUAUUCUACUUUGAAGA